AUGGCCGAGGCACCGCAGCUGGUGGACAUCGACCCCGACUUCGAGCCGCUGCCGCGGCCCCGCUCCUGCACUUGGCCCCUGCCGCGGCCGGAGUUUAACCCUCCGAGCUCGGCCACCUCGAGCCCGGCGCCGUCGUGCGGCGGGCAGCCCGAAGGGGCGGCCGCACCGGGGGCCAGCGCCGCUGCCUCGGGAGCACUAAGUGCUGACUUUAUCAGCAAACCUCAGCCUGCUAGAGGGAGAGCGAGGACUUCACGCCACUGGCCCCUGCUGCCGCCCCCCCCAGAGGCGGCCGCCUGCCGCUGCGGGGACUAUCCGGCACCCGAGGCUGGCUGCGUUCCACCACCCACCGGGACCGCCACCGGUGCCGCCGCCUGUGGCCAGUCUGUCUCCUGCCCCGUGGCCGGGCAGCCCCGCAAAAGCAGCUCGUCGCGCCGCAACUCCUGGGGCAACCUGUCCUAUGCGGACCUCAUUACUAAGGCCAUAGAGAGCUCCCCGGAGAAGCGGCUCACCCUCUCUCAGAUCUACGAGUGGAUGGUCAAGAGCGUUCCCUACUUCAAAGAUAAGGGCGACAGCAACAGCUCGGCCGGCUGGAAGAAUUCAAUCCGUCACAACCUGUCUCUGCACAGCAAGUUCAUCAGAGUGCAGAAUGAGGGAACAGGGAAGAGUUCCUGGUGGGUGCUCAAUCCUGAAGGAGGAAAGAGUGGCAAAUCUCCUAGGAGGCGAGCAGCAUCCAUGGAUAACAACAGCAAAUUUGCCAAAAGCAGAGGGAGAGCUGCCAAGAAAAAAGCAUCGCUUCAGUCUGGUCAAGAGGGAAACGGUGACAGCCCUGGAUCGCAGUUCUCGAAGUGGCCUGCAAGUCCCAGCUCCCACAGUAAUGAUGACUUUGAUAACUGGAGUACAUUUCGACCUAGAACUAGCUCUAAUGCUAGUACAAUUAGUGGAAGACUGUCUCCUAUUUUGCCAGAGCAAGAUGAUCUUGGUGAUGGGGAUGUGCACUCCAUGGUAUACCCAUCAUCAGCCACUAAAAUGACUUCUACUCUACCCAGCCUAUCAGAGAUGAGUAAUUCUGAGAACAUGGAAAAUCUUUUGGAUAACCUUAAUCUCUUAUCACCUAAUACAUCAAUGACUGUGUCAACCCAGUCUUCAUCUGCUACCUUGAUGCAACAGACACCAGGUUACUCAUUUGCCUCCUCGACUACAAGUAUAGGUUCACCAAGUCCUGACUACAGGAAAUUUACAUAUGCUCAAGCUAGCAUGAACUCUUUGCCCCAGAUUCCUAUGCAGGCUCUUCAAGACAGUAAAUCAAGCUAUGGAUCAAUGAACCAAUAUAACUGCCCUGCAGGGCUUCUGAAGGAGUUACUGACUUCCGAUUCUCCACCACACAGUGAUAUCUUGGCACCAGUAGACACUGGUGUUUCCCAGGCUGGUGGCAGGGCACUGGGCCAAAGUGUGCUGAUGGUUAGUAACUCGGUGAUGCCAACUUAUGGUAAUCAACUGCCUCACAACAAAAUGAUGAACCCUAAUACCCGCCCUCACCAAGGACAUAACCAGCCAACACCUGCGGUUAAUGGUCGUGCCUUGUCACACACGGUGAACACCAUGUCACACACGUCAGGUCUAAAUCGCUUGUCGACAGUGAAGACUUCAUUACAAGUGCCUAUGAGUCAUCCAGUGCAGAUGAAUGCUAUGAACCCAUAUGCCCCUGUUAACAGCUGCAAUGGCUAUGGAAGGGUGGGAAUUGUUUCCCUCCACCAGGAGAAACUUCCUAGUGACUUAGAUGACAUGUUAAUUGAACGGUUGGACUGUGACAUGGAGUCGAUUAUCCGUAAUGACCUCAUGGAUGGAGAAACGUUAGAUUUUAACUUUGACAGCAUAUUGCCUAACCAAAGUUUUCAGCACAGCGUAAAGACAACCACACACAGUUGGGUGUCAGGCUAGGAUGUAGUAGGAGGCUACAGUUAAAUUCUCCAGACUUGUCUGACAGCAGGAACUGAGAAAAGCAGUACAAAGAUGUCCUUCACCUUCCUUUAGAAUUUUCUUGACAAAGCUGUGCACAUACACUAGCUUUUUUGGGGGUCUUUUUUUUUCCUUUAUCUUUUUUUCUUCCUUUCAUCGGAGUUGGCAGCAGACAGUGUUUUCCUCUACAGGAUGUUUGCCCAAGGUUUGCAGGUUAUAUGCUGCUGUAGAUAAGAACUGUGCCAUUUGAAAUUUCAUUACUCUGAAGUGCCAAAUUCACUAUGCCAUAUAAUCGCAGCAAAGACUCUUACUUACAUCAUGUUGUGCUUUCGGUUUUGUACAGUAUGAUCUGUAGAAGAAUUGUUUUUUAAGACUAUCUGUUUUGGUCCAGGAAAUGUUUAUAAACUUUUGUAAGAAUACUGUGAUGAUCUCAUGCCCUAAGUAAGUUUAACCUUCGCUGAUGUUACCUGUGUUUUGAUGAAUUGAGAUAACUGUGGACUUGCCUUGCAGUAGUAUGAGCUGCAUUAUCUUACUCAAAAUUGCCUCACAUUUCAUAUGGGAACAAAAUAGCCUGGUAAAUAUGAUCCUACUAAACUCACUGACUAUUCAAAGCAAACAGUAUGUUAAAUGCCAUUUGAUAAACUACCUGUAUUCAUGUAAAUUUAUGCAAGGAUGUAUCUGGAUUUCAUUGUUAGACUAAUGACUUUGUUGUUGGACUUAAGCUAUUUUUUUUAAUACUUUCCAAGCUAUUUUUCUUAUAAUUAAAGUCUACUUUUGUUAUAUAGACAACGUUAAAAAAAUAUCUGAGAUCUGGCAGCAUUCAUAACUUCUUCAUUUUGUACAGUAUUUUAACAGGAUUAAGUAUGUGUUUUUAUAAAUUUCCCUAGCGCUUGGGAGUGCUAAUAAAGGAAAUACUUAAUAAGGAUCUUGAAUGCAAAACAUUUCUGUCCCCCCCCCUUCUUUUUUUUGGUUGUUGUGGGAUGUAUAAAUAUAGACAGCUUUAUGUUUAAAAAGUAUUUAAUCACUUUUAUAUAUGCAUUUUUAGAAAUGUCAUCUGCUUCUACUAUCAUUUUAACUUUGACUACCACAAAGGGUUAAGUAUUCAUUGUUAGAUGCUUGUACAAUGCUUCACAUUUAUAUUUAUUUUGUGGAGGUCUCAUAAUGUUUGCACUCAAGAGCAGGACCUUUUGGAGAAAGUUCACCAUCUUAGUAUAAUUAAUGACAAAAUUAAUUUAUCUCAAUUAGCACUAGUUUUAGGGUUUGUUAGCAUUGAUGUUGUAAUGCAAUAUGUUUGAAGCAGCAAACGUGCUACUUCUGAGUGGGAGUCCAAAGCUCAUGGGACACCUUAAUGCAGCACAAAACAAUUCCUUUUUUGUUUAAUAAGAAAGAUAAGUAAGUGACAAAGUUACACAAAUAUAUGGACUUUGGGAAGGAGUGAGAUCAUUAAUGAGAGAGGUCUUGUUCCUUUGAAAACACUUGUUCUUGUUGGAGCUGGCACACUGAUGGCUACCUGAGCAUUUUCAGGAUUGAGUCUUAGAUAAAUGAUUUAUGGUUUUGUUUUUUUUUAAUCACGCUCUCUGUUGUUCAUGGAUGUGUGGAUAACAGGCCCACAUGUCUUUCACUGUGCAUCAUUUGUGUUACAGAAAUCCUUAGAGCUUUUUGUAUGCAUUGUCAGGAUGAACAGCUUUUGUGCUAGGACUAGCUGUAGUGAAGAAGGGAAGAAGUAAACAUUUUUUCACUCAUUUUUCUUUUGUCUAUGUGACUGGAAAAUGUUCCAACUGAAACUUAUCUUCAUUGCAGUGGUGGUGUAUGAUGGAGGAUAUGCCAAUACAGUAAAGUUUAGUAACAAGCCAUAGAUUUAAUGAUCCUGUUACAACUUUCCUAAGGCUCUGCAAUGUAUUUAUUGAUGUGCUAGCAUUUAGCUCCCUGUGGGGCUUAAAUCACUACUAAUUACUGCUGGUCUUACUUUUUAGAUAUCCUAUUACAGUUGGCAGUUCCAGAGCCUGAUGUUAAACUGUCCUGUGAUACAGGAUCUCCCCCAGCAUGAAACUGGUCUUUGAACUUCCGUUGAGCAAAAUGAAAUGUUCAUAGCAUGAAGCUUCAGUGAAGCUGCUUGCUUUAACAGGCAAAUGUCUCUAAUAGCCUCUUCACCAUUAAAUUUGUAGUCUCUGAAAUGUGAUGGUAAAUUCUGGCAUGGAGCAAGUGGUCACAAAUGGGUUUCUGAAAAUUCUCCUUUCUACCGAGUGCCCAAAAAUGUUUGCUUCCAAGUGGCCACUGGUAUGCUGAGGCCAAAUUCAUAAUAUUCACCCCUGCAUGGGAAAAAAAAAAAAAAAAAAAAAAAAGGAAAAAAAAAAAAAAAAGUGGCACUUAACGCUAUACUCCCUGACGAUGCAGCUGAACAUGCUACAUUUAACAAUAUACCUCCUGAUUAUUAUUUACUGCUACUGUAUAACUUCCUGCAUACAGAUAUUUUCUUAAUUUCCUUUUAUAUCUAUAAAUAAGAUUAAUGUAGCUGUUCCUUAAUUACAUCAGUCUGUAGGAAGCCCCUUUUAAUUAUAGUGAGAAAGCAGUUGUAGAUAAUCAGAGGUUUGGGCUGUGGGGUCAAAUUUUUUUUUUUUAACCUUUGUUGGUGCCUCUCUUAAUGUUUUGCAUUUGUAACUGUGGAAUACUGUGGUGCUUGGUGAAGGGGCAUGUCGUCUGCCUUGAAAACAAACAUUAUGUGACCUCUAGUAAUAAAUCCUUUUACAGUAAAAGUACCAAGUUUCUGGAGUAACUUAGUUUGUCAGAACUGUUGUAAAUGAUUGAUUUGUGAAUUGUGCAGAUGAUCUUACCUAUGCAGCCUUGUUUUGGACUUUUCUCUGGUUUGUACUGUUAUUAAAAGUUUGUUGUAUUAUAGAGCUGUUCAGAUAUUUUAAAUAUAAAGAUGUAUUGUUUCCAUACUAUAGCUAUGUGAUAUAUGUUUAGUAUUAGAUGCGUUAAUUGGAAAGCUCUUCUUUGAUAAACUGACAGUUUGCCUACACUUAUAAGCAAAAGUUGUAUUGCUUAAUACUGGCUUAAGUCAACAGAGCAACCCUAAGAAGAGAAGUUAAAAUUGGACCAAUUAUUAAACAGUAUAAAAUUUGCACUUGUUAAACCACUGGAUGUAUGUUAGUACUUUUUUUUUUUACUGAUUUGAAAUUCCUUUUUUCAUUAUGAAAUUGCUAGGGUCCUUAAUUUAUGACUGAUUUUAAAGAAGGCGUUCUCGUUAUUGUUGUUAUUAUUAUUAUGGUAAUCAUAAUGUAAAAUGCAACAUGGUUUCUGCAAGCAAAAAAGCAAAUGACUCGACAUUAAAACUGGCCUCUUUUUGGAGGGUGUUCCACAAACCAGCAAUAUCACAAGACAUUGGCAUGCACGAUACUGAUAGUUCUACUUGGGAGUGCUGUGACAGCUCUCCAACGCUUCACUGCUCUGACUUAGUCACAUUGCAGAAUUAAAAUUCAUAUGUGGAUAUUUUCCAAAAAAGUGCUUGAUGUACCUUUUACAGACACAUGAGAACAGUCCCUGACAGUUUGCUGGAUAAAGCCAUAAAUGUAUAUAAAUUAUGUUUAAAAGGUUUUGUGUCCUUUCUUGUAUACAGAGAAUGAGAUUUGUACCAGGAUUCUACUUGUGGUUAGUAAUCCUUCUACUCAGAACUUGCCCUAAUCACUUUCCUUACUGUGUAAUCUUUUUAAUGGUAAUGAUCCCAUUUGGACAAUCCUGAUGGCAUUAGCAGAUUUAUAUGGAAAAAUACCUCAUGAUAGAAGGUCUUGCCUGGUGACAUGAUGCCAUAUUAACAAGCAAACACUAACUGCAGGAUAGUUAACGAAUUUUCCAUUAUGAAUUUCUCUCUCUUGGCAUUGCUUCUAGAAUUGGAACUAUAGCAGGUACAAGAACCUAACAGGGCUGCAUUUACCAGUGUUUUAUCACAACAUAGUGUGCUAAAAGUUACAUGUUUACAGAUCUUUGAGAUUAAAUGCAAGAAUAAUCCAUGCCUGACUCUUAGGGCUUGCAAGAGAUCUUUGUCUAGAGACUCUUUGUUACUGGAAGCUGCAUUAGGCAGCAUCAGACAAUGUUGCCAGUGCUUCAACAAGCUUAGUUCACAGAAAAUGACAAAAAAGAAUACUGAAACCCUCUCAGAAUGGGUAUUUGUAAGUAUAAGCUCUUAAUAAAAUUGCUAUGACAUGAGAUGGUAA